GCAUUUUCUACCUACUCUGUCCAUUAUCUCUGUGCUAAAAUUUUCAUUGGUUAGAAGCUUAAAGGAAGGGGGUGUUUUUGGUUAACUGAAUUUAAUUGUAUGUCACUCAGAAUUUACUGUCAGUCAGUAGUUAAGGCCCCCUUUUUGGGUGAAGAAACUUUGAGGACAGUUGGCACGUGUUAUACUGGCUUCCGGCGUGUGACACCUGACGAGUCUGCUCGUGGGUGCGGGCUGCCCACAGGCGCAGCUGCUCAGGCGCACGUCGCUGACGCAGUACCACUGACUCUCCUCACGGGCUACCGGUCACGACCUUGGGGGAGAUCUUUGGAAUGCGAAGAAUCGUCCCCUGAAACGUACAUGCAGAAAUAAUUUUACGUAUGAUUUCAUGAGAGUGCAGUGGCUCGCUGGAAGACUUGUGUUAGUGAAGGGUCGUCAUGACACACGCGGAAGAGCCUUAGCCGCCGCCGUGCUGCACGAAAGCUGUGCGAGGUGGGCUCUUGGGGAGGGCGGGAGCCCCUGCCGUAACAGGGCCUCCUUCCGUCUCUAGAGCCGGCGCCUCUGCUCCUUCUUGUCACUCGCUUCCAUCCUCCACCCUGUUUUUUUCCUGUCGUCAUAAGCACGCCGUUUAUGUCCUGCUUUGUCUCCACAUCAGAAGGACUCUGUGCUGUGGGCUCACUUCGAAAAAUCCAGAGGAACAACUCAGGUUGGCUUGGUUUGGUCACAGGCCCCCUGUCUUGGUGCUGCAUGGUGUUAUCGGGAGACUCUGUCGGCGUGGGGUCCUGUGAUUGGCAGCACCCACGGGAACAGUGCGGUUGGAGUAGGCAGUUAAUCCAGAAGCCACGGUAGUAUUUCCAGAAACGGGGAAGGAGCUUUGCUCGGACAGAAGCAGAGUGGACUACUCCCUACUGCAACCCUUAUGGUUUUAGACUGUAGCUAAAACUCACUACUUUAAUCUAGUGAAAGAAACCUAUGAAAGUUGUUUUUGGGGAUCUUGUGUGUAUUAUAAUGGAAAUCAGGCAUCAUUGCUCAUUUUGUGCCAUAAACUUCUGUAGACUCACAAGAUGUAAGAGAUUGUCUUAGUUUAUAGUGAUUCCAGAUGAUGUUACAUUCUUUUGAUGGAAUCGGGGAGAUUUUGUUCCUGUUGCUUCUUUUUGACUUUUCAGUGGAGAGUGACCAGAAUAUUCUUUUUAGCUGUGUUGUGGAAGACUCACACUUUUUAAAAAAAAUCUAAUUACAUACAAGCAGAGCACAUCUUUAUUCUUUUCCCUAUCUUCUAAGAACAGCUACAUAAGAUUUGUAUGUUGAAAAGAGUAAUGCUUUAAGAUAUUUAAGAGAAGGUAUAGUUUUGAUGGAAAUAGACUGAAUAAAUAUUUGUGCAGGACAGGCUAGGAGUAAGUCAGCAUAAGUGAAUGAAACAGUAAGUCCUUGAAUAUACCUUUGGAGCUGUUCAUUAUAUGAUCCAUGGCUCGUCAAGUGUUUGUCACUCUCUUUUUAUGAGACAUUGUGCUAAAAUCACGAGAGAUAAAGGAGCAUGAUCAUUAUGUCAGACAUUAAAACUCCCAUGAAAGCUGCCUGGUCCAUUGUUAGAUGCACAGUACAUUUCAGAUGAAUGAAGUUGAGUAAACUUAGAUAUGCCAUAAAAGUGGCAUAAAUGCUGUUCCAAGGUUUUCUAAAAGGGAGACAGCAUUCUUGUUUAGGAUGGCUCAGAGACAGCUCCAUGAAAGAGGUGGAAACUGAGCUGGGCCUUUGAAGGAUGUUUGACUGCAGGGCUGGUGAGGAGAGGAGGCGAUAGGAGCGCACAUGUCCUCCGAGGAGUCUUCUAGUCUCUGCAUUGUACCGCAGGAACAAUACCGUCUUGGUGGGGAGAAAUCAAAUACUGUGUGAAGAAAACUAUGAACCCCCUCCCCAUGAUGACAGUUUCAUGAUCCAGAGGGAUCACAGAUUUUUUUCAUGGAUUUUUUUUCCCGGGAUUUAUACAUCUCUUGUUGUUUGUUUAUUGACACUACCUUUCUCUACCAACCCACCCCAGGUUCCAUGACACCAAGGCCCAGAGUCUCUGCAGAAGGGCAAGAACAGGGACAAAUGUAGUUCUAUCCAUUUCAUAGAAAUCUCUGAGAAUUUUGUCACGUUGCCCCAUGUUGCAGAAUCCGUUUGUUAUGCUGCUAGGAUUCAAGCCCAGUUUAAUGUUCUAGGAACGUGUCCCAUUGACGGAAGGCUCAGGGAUAGAAGCAUUUGUUAAAUAGAUAUGACUCUUCGUAAGCAAGCUCUUCCUCUCGUUGUCCUUAGGCCUAAGCUAAGAAACAAUAUGGACGGGAACUAAGGCAGGUCCUAUGGCUUUAUCCGUGGUGGCCGCUCAUGCCCCGAUUUCCCGGAUUUCCAUCAGCGUGGCUGAAGGAGCUGAGAUGGUGGCUGUUGAGGAGGAAAGGCCAGGCAGGGCCUCAGGUGUCAGGAGUUUGGGAGUCCAAGGCUGUGCGGCUCCUGGUUUCAUCCCUAGAACCUGAAUCAGAGUCAAGGAGUGUGAUGGUGUGCGUGCCGGCUUGUGUUAGUUAACGAUACAGAUUCUAGGCCUCACCUGUCACUGAGGCAGAAUCUUCAGUGGGUAUGGUCUAGGGAUGUAAUUCUUAUGCAUCCUAAAUAUUGGAAACUGCUGGUCUGGGAGGCAUGAGCGUGUGUGAUCAGGGUGGACUGAGAAAGUGGAAUAAUGGGUAGUGGGGAGGGUAACAGUCCUCUUUAAAACUCUGUAUUCGUUGUUGUUUACGUGUUAGGACAGAUUAAUAAAAGAGAACACAAAGCCAGUGAGUAGGGAAGGUGUGGACCCUCCUCUCUACCGGCUUAACUUCCUGCGUGCCGACAGACAGGGAAUGGUGCUAGACAGAGAUCCCAGAGCCACACGCCAGCCGCGUGCUAGUCUCUCUUGUAGCAUCAUGUGGCUCUUCUCGCAUGUUCCUCCUACCAUCUGAUCUGCACAGUAUUAAAAAUGAGAAUCUCAUUUCCCAAAAAUAAUUGAGAGGCUUCACUCUAGGCGCACAGCAAACAGAUCAGCUGGGCGGAUGCCGACUUUGUUAAUCAGUCAAGAGUAAGAGGACAGAUUCCACCACCAAGGAGUUCAAAGCUAAGAACUCAGAAGAAACCUUCCUGAAUGACUUUCCAACGUGUGCGGCAAAUGCGUGCUCUGAGAAUAAGGGCCAGCCCACUUGUGUGGCGUGGGCAGAAGCUGCCUGUUGCAGUUCUCGCACAUGAGCAGAUGGGGCUCCAAACCCGUGCACGCUCCCCGUGGGUUGGAGUUCUUCCUGGAGUGUUCCUGCUUCGGCGUGUUUGUACAGAGCCUGCCCUGGAGACGCUGAUGUCGAAAGUACUGUAGAGAUGGGGGAGGACAGGAUUGCAUUCGUAAGGGUUUGAAGAAUUUUUAUCGGAAACUUAAAUGCACAAGUGGAUGAAAAAGACUGGCAUUUAAAUAGCUACAUUAUAAAUGAUGUAAAUUAAUGUAUUAUAACCUGGGUACAAAUGUGGAGUGAAAAACAUCAGGUUAGAUUGGGGCUAAUCAGUACAGAUUUCCCAGUGAUUAUGAAUCAAAAUUGUGUGUAUAUAUUUUUAUUUUUAAUGAAGGGUACUCAUUUAUCACAAAAAAUGAAAAUAUUAUGGAAGGGUACAGAGAGGAAAAUAUUCAUUUUAAUCCUUUGUAGUUAUUUUCUGUAUAUUCAGUCAAGUACAUACUCACCUCAAUAAUUUUUUUCCAUGAAAGGAAUCAUACUGUACGGAUUGUUCUGCAUCUGCAACUUGCUUCUUUCACGUAACAACAGAAUUCAGACAAUUUUCCACUGUAACACAUAGAGACUACCUCUCCCGUUUAGUGGCUACAUAGUAGUAAGGAAUUUAGUUAUUUCCAUGUGGCAGAAUUUUUUUUUUAAGAUUUUUAUUAAUUUAUUAGAGAGAGAGAGCGAGCACAGGCAGGGGUGCGGCACAGGGAGAAGCAGGCUCCCCGCCAAGUGAGGUGCCCAGUGUGGGGCUCGAGCCCAGGACCCUGGGAUCAUGACCCGAGUCGAAGGUGGACACCUAACUGACUGAGCCACCCAGAUGUCCCUGUUUUUUGUUUUAAUUCAGCUCCUUGAUUGUACUAACCCCAUUCCAAGUUCUCAGGUGCCACCUGUUGCCAGGAGCUGCCAUGACUGUGCCAGGCACAUGCAGGACAUUUCCAUCAGCACGGAAUGUUCCUCCAGACAGCACUUACCUAAAGUAGUGCUGGAACUUCAUAAUAUACAUCACCUGAUAAUGUAACAGUUCUGUCAUUCAGUGACUCCUUCACAGUUUUUAUCUGGGAACCAUAGCACCAACAUUAGAGAAACACUCCUGUUUAUUCUGUGCCCUAACAUAACAAAUGUUUAUUCUUUUUGUAUAUUUUUAGUUAUUUCUGAGUCUUAUUGUGGGGAUGUAACUUCUCAUACUGAGGAUUAUUCUGUGUGUUUCUGUUGUGUUGUACUUGGUCCUGCACGUUCACAUUUACAUGUAUGUUCUGUACUAAGGCAUCAGAGUCAGUCAUUCCCUAGUUGUUGGGAAUUAGGGUCUUUCUUUCACUUUCAGUGCCUUUGUGUACCUAGUUUUACAAGAGUGUUAUUUUCAUGAGGUGCACUAGUGGGAUUACUGAGAUAAAUUAUGUGUUCAGUUUUCUGGCUUUUGCUGCAUUUUGGCAGAUUUAAGUCUUUUUUGAAGGGAGGAAAGAACUUGGCUUACUGGAGAGACUAGGUGGGAUGCGUCAGCUAUGGGAAAUGAGCUGUGCAAACACUCGGGAGAAAAAGAAGUUACUUAAAAACUUUAUUGGAACAGAUUCUUAGAGCGCUGAAAAUUUUCAUUUUCAUCAGUGAUAGGAGUUCAGAGUGGGGAAUAAGUGUCUGAAGUAUUUUUUUCCUAGAUGAGGCUGAUGACGAUGACGAUCCAGAAUAUAACUUCCUGGAAGACCUUGAUGAACCCGACACAGAGGAUUUCCGCACUGACCGGGCCGUGAGGAUCACCAGAGGUGAAUGAGCUGAUGGAGGAACUGUUUGAAACUUUCCAAGACGAGAUGGGACUCUCCAACGUGGAGGAUGACGGCCCCGAGGAGGAGGACCGCGCGGCUGAACCCCGGCCCAGCUUCAACACCCCUCAGGCCCUGCGGUUUGAGGAACCACUGGCCAACUUGCUGAAUGAGCAGCACCGCACAGUGAAGGAGCAGCUUGAGCAGCUGAAGAUGAAGAAAUCCUCAGGCAGACAGCAGCAGGAGGUGGAGAGGGUGAAGCCCCAGACUGAGAAGGUUCAUCAGACGCUUACUCUAGACCCAGCACAGAGGAGGCGCCUCCAGCAGCAGAUGCAGCAGCAUGUUCAGCUCUUGACGCAAAUUCACCUUCUCGCCUCCUCCAACCCCAACCUCAAUUCGGAGGCCAGUACCACCAGGAUAUUUCUUAAAGAGCUGGGCACCUUCGCUCAGAGCUCUGUCGCACUCCACCAGUCCACUCCCGGCUUUCAGACCUUGUUCCAGCCCUGCAACCUGCUGGGGGCGGUGCAGCUCGUUGAAGACUUCAGCACGCACGUCAGCAUCGACUGGAGUCCUCGCAAGACUGUCAAGAAGACUGCAGACGAAUUUCCCUGUUUGCCAAAACAAGUGGCUUGGAUCCUGGCCACAAGCAAGGUGUUCAUGUACCCGGAGCUACUUCCAGUGUGUUCUCUGAAGGCGAAGAACCCCCAGGAUAAGAUUUUCUUCACCAAGGCCGAGGACAAUUUGUUGGCUUUAGGGCUAAAGCACUUUGAAGGGACCAAGUUUCCUAAGCUGCUGAUCAGCAAGUACCUCCUCACCUGCAAGACCGCCCACCAACUGACAGUGAGGAUCAAGAACCUCAACAUGAACAGAGCGCCCGACAACAUCAUCAAAUUUUAUAAGAAGACCAAACAGUUGCCCGUCUUGGUGAAAUGCUGUGAAGAGAUCCAGCCCCAUCAGUGGAAGCCACCUGUCGAGAGGGAAGAGCACCGGCUUCCGUUCUGGUUAAAGGCCAGUCUGCCGUCCAUCCAGGAGGAACUGUGGCGCAUAGCGGACGGCGCCAGAGGGGUAGGAAGUGUGACUGGAACCGCUGAGGGCAGCUUAGAGCCAGGCCUGGGAAAAGGCAGCUCGGAAUUGGGCAGUGAAACUCUGUACCCACUGCUGUUGCCCAAGGGUGUAGUCCUGAAACUGAAGCCAGUGGCCAACUGUUUCUCCAGGAAGGCCUGGAGACAGAAGCGGCCAUCAGUCCUGAAGCCCUUGCUGAUCAGACCCAGCCCCUCUGUCCAGCCCAGCUCCACCUCUGGGAAAACACCAGCUAGGUCAGCUCUGUCCGAAGCCCCUCCAAGCAAAAUGGUGGUCCGCAUUCCUCGUGCGAUCCAGCCAGCCGCUGUCUUGCAGACGGGGCCCGGCGUCCCUCCGCUGGGGGUCACGGCGGGGGACAGUUGUGAGUCUCCGGCCGCACUGCCUCCCGCAGCCCCCGAGGCCAGGACCAGCUUCCCUCUGUCUGAGCCCCAGACCCUGCUCUCCUCUGCCCCUGUGCCCAAGGUCAUGCUGCCCUCGCUCGCCCCUUCCAAGUUUCGAAAGCCGUGUGCGAAGCCAAGAGCCUCCAAGAGAAAGGGGGCCGCGGCCUCUCUCCGUCUGGAGCCCGCCUCCCUCCUCCACCCGCUCCCCGUCAUCUUCACCGUGCCCGCCGCCGCGGUGAAGGUUGUCAGCCUCGGCAGCGGCUGCAACGUGAUCCAGCCCGUCAGCGCGGCCGUGGCCCAGACUCCGCAGGCCAUCCCCAUCACCACCCUCCUGGUGAACCCCACCUCCUUCCCCUGCCCACUGAGCCAGCCCCUGGUGGCCUCCUCUCUCCCACCCCUGAUUGUUUCCAGCAACUCUGUGAGCCUUCCUGUUCCCUCCGCCCCUGAAGACAAGGCCCAAGUGAAUGUGGACAUUGCUUGUCCUUUGGUUGAAGGGAAAAAUGCCUCCCAAGGCCUAGAACCCAAAUUAGAACCCCAGGAACUAUCUCCUCUCUGUGCUCCCGUCUUCCCCAAAGAGGAGCACAGCCCAGGGCCCCCAGCAGCAGAUCAUGUGUGCCGGGAAGAGCAGCCGGAGAACAGUGCCUGUGGCUGGGCUCUGGUGAAGGCCGAGGAUGGGAGGCAGGCCCUGGAGCCGCUGCCUCCAGGGGACUUGCAGGAAAUGGUCAAGAUGGAAGCUCAGGACCCUGGGGAGGAUGACCCCAGGGGGUCCCCAGGGCGGGCCACCUGUGAAGACCGCAGAGAGCAACGCUCUGUGGGACCGGACGCCGGCUUCCCAGGUGAGGGGCCGAGCGGUCCUAGCGAGCUAAGGAGACAGCCGGCCUUCCAGCAGGACGACGACAGAAGUGAGCUGGCUAGAACCUCGUCAGCUUCUCGGGGACCUCGGGAUGAGGGAGACUCCGGAGAUGUGAGCAGAGGAUCUCCCAAGACGGCUGCUCCCUGCGCCGACCCUGAAGUGCGCGGCAGCCCCCCAGGCAAGUCUGAGGACCUGGCCAGCGCCGUCGGCCAGGCGCCGGGGAUCCCAGCUGGGCUGGAAGCUGGGGGCGAGAAGGACGGGCCAGAGGAGGAGGAAGAGGAGGACUUUGACGACCUGACCCAAGAUGAGGAGGAUGAGAUGUCCUCAGCCUCUGAGGAGUCUGUGCUCUCAGUCCCGGAACUCCAGGAAACGAUGGAGAAGCUGACCUGGCUGGCCUCCGAGAGGCGCGCGGGCCAGGAGGGCGAGUCCGAGGACGAGAACUCCCAGGAGGAGAACUCUGAGCCUGAAGAAGAAGAGGAAGAAGAGGCAGAAGGAAUGGAGAGCCUGCAGAAGGAGGACGAAAUGACAGACGAAGCCGUUGGAGACCCUGCUGAGAAGCCGCCGGCCACCUUCGCCUCGCCCGGGACUGCCCUGGAAGCGGAGGCCAGCAGCGCCCCGCCAGGAGAGAGCGGCCGAGCUGCUGGGAAGGGCCGGGGCAGUCAGCGAGUUCGCAGCAAGCGGGGAAGCCGGGCCCGGGCCAGCAAGGACACGUCCAAGCUGCUGCUGCUGUAUGACGAGGACAUUCUCGAGCGGGACCCCCUCAGGGAGCAGAAGGAUUUGGCCUUUGCUCAGGCUUACCUGACCAGGGUACGAGAAGCACUGCAGCAUAUCCCUGGCAAGUAUGAGGACUUCCUGCAGGUCAUCUAUGAGUUCGAGUCCAGCACUCAGAGGCAGACAGCUGUGGAUCUCUACAGAAGCCUGCAGGUUCUGCUCCAGGACUGGCCUCAGCUGCUGAAGGAUUUCGCUGCUUUCCUGCUGCCCGAGCAGGCUCUGGCCUGUGGAUUAUUUGAGGAACAGCAGGCGUUUGAGAAGAGCCGCAAGUUUCUUCGGCAGCUGGAGAUUUGCUUUGCAGAGAACCCCUCGCACCACCAGAAGAUCAUCAGGGUCCUCCAGAGCUGUGCGGACUGCCUGCCCCAGGAGAUCACGGAGCUCAAGACGCAGAUGUGGCAGCUUCUGAAGGGCCAUGACCACCUGCAGGACGAGUUCUCCGUCUUCUUUGAUCACCUGCGCCCAGCAGCCAGCCGGAUGGGGGACUUUGAAGAGAUCAACUGGACGGAGGAGAAGGAGUACGAGUUUGACGGCUUUGAAGAAGUGGCACUGCCCGAUGUGGAGGAGGAAGAGGAGCCCCCCAAGAUACCCACGGCCUCCAAGAGCAAAAGAAGAAAAGAGAUUGGGGUCCAAAAUCAUGACAAGGAGACUGAGUGGCCAGAUGGAGCCAAGGACUGUGCCUGCUCCUGCCAUGAAGGAGGCCCUGACUCCAGGCUGAAGAAGAGCAAGAGAAGAAGCUGCGGCCACUGUGGCAGCAGGGUCUGUGACAGCAAGUCCUACAAGAGCAAGGAGCCCCAGGAGUUGGCGGGCAGCAGUCCCCACCGGGAGGCCAGCCCUGGGCCCGGUGCUAAGGAAGCCGGGCAGGGUAAGGACCUGCAGGAGGAGGAGGCCCCCGAGGAGCGAGAAAGCACAGAGGCAGCUCAGGAGCAGCCUGGCGGGAGCGCUGGCAGCAGGGGGACGCCUCUUCCCCGAUUGGCAGUGGGGAGCACUCCGCUCUCCCCUCAGGAAGUGACUCUUGCAGACCAGCUCGUCCUGGAUGACCCACGGCCCUGCUCGCCGGAGACCCCUCGGCUUCCCUCCAGUACUGGGGCCAUGCUCUGCACUGGGGGGAGAAGCCAGGCUGGGCAGGAGGUCCUCUCCUGCCCUCAGGCAUCCCCCAGACUUCGGAAGGAGAGGGAGGAGCAGGAGGCAGUGGGUGAGCCAGAGGCUUCCAUGCCGGCCUGGGAGGCUUCGGAAACGGAGAAAUGGCCUGGAACUGUUGAGGAAACGGGACUCAGGAAGGAAGCAGGGGGCUCAAGGACCAGAGACGUGGGGAGAACACAGGUAUCUGAGAGAUCAGAUACUCCAGAGAGCUGGUUGUUGGCAGGCAGAGCUGCCGUGAAGACAGGAAACAGAAUGUCCCCUGUCCGUGAAUCUCCUUCGUCAGGAAUUGACAUCUCAGAGACUUCUUCCAAAGCCCCUAGGGGAGGUCUGGCUAAGGACAGUGGAAGCCAGGGCAAGGGUCCAGCGGGAGAGCCGCACCCGAAGGCCACAGAAGCUACGGUCUGUGCCAACAACAGCAAGGUCAGCUCCACUGGGGAGAAGGUGGUCCUGUGGACAAGGGAAGCUGACCGCGUGAUUCUCACCAUGUGCCAGGAGCGAGGAGCACAGCCCCAGACGUUCAGCAGCAUCUCCCAGCAGCUGGGAAAUAAGACCCCCGCCGAGGUCUCCCACCGUUUCCGAGAACUCGUGCAGCUCUUCCACACGGCCUGCGAGGCCAGCUCCGAGGACGAGGAGGACGCAACCAGUACGAGCAACACAGACCAGCUGUCAGACCGCGGGGACCUUCUGUCUGAGGAGGAGAUGGACGGGUGACUGGGCGCGCGCCUGUCGUCUGCACCUCCUGCCCCCGCCGGCCCCCCGAGGGAGGGCGCCUGUACUGUGCCGGGGCGUCCCUGAGCUCGGGGCACAGAGCCGCGGGGGCUGAGGGCAAGGACGGAGGCAGACCGGUGGCUGGGCAGCUGUGCCCGCGUAGGCGUCGCUCAAGGUCUUCAGAAGCUACGUGUGCUCGGCCCGGGGCGGGGGCGGUGGGGGGGAGCUCCUUUUUCCCCCCCUUGGUCCCACGGCGUGUAUUUAUUGUUGAGACCUGACCUGACCACGGC